GCAACAGCAUUUAUAAUCAGCUGCUCUCAGACAGCAGCAGAGGAGCGGGAGGAAACUACACGGUCAGUUCUGCUGCUCUAAAUCACACAGGAGUUUAUGUGUGCAGCGCAGAGAGAGAAAAACCACCCUAUUACACAUGGAACAGCAACGAACAACCACUAUGGGUCACUGGUGUUUCUCCUCCAGUCUCUCUGAUCAUCAGUCCCAACAGAACUCAACACUUAACAUCUGUCUCUCUCUCUCUGAGCUGUGAGGACCAGAGUAACUCUGAUAGAUGGAGAGUGAGAAGAUACACAGACAAUGGGUGGCUGGAAGAUUGUUCAUCAUCACACUGGGGAUCACAGACAGGAUCUACAUGUACAAUCAGCUCCACCAGCACAUCAGACACUGGAGUGUACUGGUGUCAGACUGAAUCUGGAGAGAACAGUCAUCCUGUGAAUAUCACUGUACACCCUGGUGUAAUUCUGGAGAGUCCUGUUCUUCCUGUGACUGAAGGAGAUUCUCUGACUCUACGCUGUUUAUUUCAAAAUUCAACCCUACCAAUUCUCAGAGCUGAUUUCUAUAAAGAUGGAUCACUCAUCCAGAGUCAAACUCCAGAGAUCAUCAUCUCUAAUGUCUCAAAGUCACAUGAGGGUUUCUACUACUGCAAACACCCAGAGAGAAGAGAGUCACCCAAGAGCUGGAUCUCAGUCAGAGCGUCUCAUUCAGAAUCUCAGAUCUCUGUCCUCCACACACUCAGUUCUGUACUGGCAGUUUGUCCAUAUCUGAUAGUGACAGUCGUGCUGAUCUUCAAGUGCUGCAGGAUGAGAGCUAAUGGUUGAUGGAUUCAACAAGAAAUUAACAAGAAAACUUGUAGAGCAAAACUUGAUUUUACCCAACAGGAAUUGUUUGUCAUUACAUACAUUUUCUUAUUUGUAAUUGCAAAAAAAAAAAAAAAAAAAAAAAAUAUUAUCUGAUUUAUGUUGAUCACACAAUGACUCGAACUAAACUGUUUGUUCAUAAAGGUUUGGAAGCUUACUUUACAUUACUGCUUUUUCAGUUGAUUUUCAGUAUUAUUGUAUCAUGAAAGUUAAUGUUUAAUGUUUUAAUUUCGUUCUGCUUUAAUAUUGUAAUAAAGUUAGAUCUUUUACAGUGUAAGUAUUAGUGCAUCUAUGUUAUGUAACCUCUGUGAUGUUUGCCUGCUUUAUAACCACAUGAACAUGUCAUUUGUACACUGUAAUAAAGAAUUUGUUGAGUCAAUUAAAAAUAUUAUG